CCAGCUUCUUCAAAAACCAAAUCCUCCUCUUCUUCCUCUUCCUGCCUAUUAUGGUAAAUUAAUUGGAGUUCUAAAAGGAAGAUUUGAAAGAAAUGUGGUAUCUAGAAGGUCUCUGGACUUGGAGACUUGGGAUUCAAAUUCCAGCUUUGAUUUAUGCUAGUAUAUUACUAUGGGCAAGUCAUACAUACUACCCUGAUCCUUUGUCACCUCAUGAGGAUACUAAUAAUUGUAUGCUUCCCUUAUAGGGUUGUGGUGAACAAAAUGAUUUGUGACUUUCAAGUCAUCAUGAAUUGUUAGAGGGUCAUCUAUGUACUUUCCUAAGGGGGUCUAGCAUCAUCUAGUAGGUGGGUAGCUCAACCAUGGAGACGGAAAGAUCUGCUUCAUUGUCUUGUAUUUGGCAAAGUUGACAUUGUGACUGUGGUCAGAUCACUUCUCUCCAUGGCUCAGGCAACUCCCUAAGUCUUCUCAUUGCAGAUCAAUUGCUUAUCUGCAUGGAUGGAAGGAAUUACCCACACUACAAGUUCUUCUAAACUGGUAAAAUACCAGCUAUGGACUGAAAAAACAAAAACAAAAACAAAAAAAAAACACCCUUUAUAUUUUAAAGAAAUAACCACAGGAUUCAUUUAGGGCAAAGUAUUCAAGCCUAAGGGAAUAUGGUCUGGGCCUGAAGUGGAAGAAGAGCAAGACUCAGGAAUGCAGCAAUGGGGUGGGUUCUGGGCCAGGAAAUGUUAUACAAAGAGCUCUUUGAAAAAUCUUCCUGUGGUUUGAGAGGUGCAUGGGGUUCACAUCAGGAAAAAUCUUGAAACAAAUUGAGAAAGCCCAAAAAAUUGUUAGCAAGGUGGAGAUUGUCUAGAAGGGUCAGAAUUCAGGAAGUAAAGCCAUAUCCUCCAUGGAAUCCAUUGUGUCCAAUGGGCACAAAUGUUUUGGAGUUCAACUUGAGAAAUUUCUUCAGCUUAACAUUUCCUAAGAGUAUAGCAUUACCAAGAAAUGUAUGGUUUAGUUUUUCAUUUAUCUUCUUUAUUUUUAAACUCUUAUUUUCAGAUGGCUAAAUGUAGACUAAUUGAGUUGAACCUGUCACAAAGGAGUUCAAAUAGUCUUGGCAGUUUAUCCACUCCUAAGGUCUUUGUUACUAUCAUGUGAAGUUCUUUAUUGCUGCAGGUGAAUCACUAUGCCUGUGUUGGUGAACCUAAGGCACGUGAGCCAGAGUGUGCCAGAGGGGUUUGCUCCCUUCCCUCUCUCCAGCACACCUAAGGACAUUCCUGACAUCACCUGCCCCUCUGCUAAGCAGCCCAAUGACAGUGCUUCUUCCCUCCCCUGCCUGGGCUAAGGGGGGCAGCUCUAUGUUGCAAAAUAUUCUUAGCAGCUCCCUUGUGAUGGCAAAAAACUGGAAACUGAAUGGAUGCCCAUCAGUUGGGGACUGGCUAAAAAAACUCUGAUUGUAGCGGAAUACUACUCUGUUACCAGAAACAAUGAACAGGCUAGUUUUAAUAAUACUUGGAAAGAACUACAUAGAAUAAUGAACAGUAAAAUGAGUAGAACCAGGAGAACAUCAUACACUGCCACAGAUUUAAUACUUGAAGAAUAAAUUGUGAAUAUUACCUCCAGAGAGGUGGAAACAUGAAAGAUAUAAUUUGAACACGUCUGUUUCCUGGAUGAUGCUUUCUACAAGGUGAGGCGAUAAGGACCGAAAUACUUGUGGAUUUAAAAAGAGCAAUCGAAAAAGAGAAACUAGCUCUGUGUUCAACAGGCAAAGGGGGAAGUUAAGAAUCCUUUUUACCACAUUUGUGAGUUGGCUUGCACAGUUGCUUCCUUUUUUUUGUUGUUGUUGAUGUUUGUUUUUUAAUGUAUGAGACACAUUUUGGUACUCUAUAAGCAUUUUACUUGGAGAGAAAUUUGUGGCUAGAUUUUCCCAUGCUCAAUACAUAUCUCUCUAUAGUUGCUUUGAAAAAAAAAUGCACGCAUGCUUUCAAAAUACACCCUCAAUACAUGAUAGGGUUUUUCUCUGUCUCACCUAAAAAUUAGCAGCAACAGAGAGGUGAAAAUGUGGCCUACAGGAUAUUAUUGGAGAAAUGUCUUCCUGAAACAAAAAGAUGAGCAGGUGAGAGAAAAGGAGAAACUCAUGGAUAUGCUCUGUAUGUCUACUAGUGGUAUCUCUGGAAUGUCUAGAGAAUGCCAGCCUGUUCCAUGGACUCACUCCCUCUGGUGAGAGUCUGCCUUUGUUGACUUUCUCCACCUUAGGCUAUCUCCAUCUCCUGUGUAUUUAGUUAUGUGUUGGUCAUCCUUUCUAAUCCCAGUGCUCUAUGCAGUGCCUGGCUCAUGGUAAACAAAGUUUGUUGAUUAUUCAAAUGCUUUUCUUACUUACCAAGCCCAGUAAUGCUUGGAAGUCUAAUUGUAGAUAGUAUUCUUAUGAAUUCCUGUGAAAGGUGAAUGAUCUCUUUCUAAACAUACUAGAAUUUAAUGGAGAAAAUGGGUGGAGGGGAAUGGAAAACUGGAAUGGAAGUAGUGAGCUGCCCAGCAUUGACAAUUUCCAAGCAUAAGCUGGAGGAACAUUUAUUGGGCUAGUCAUAGAAGGGACUCUUUUUGAAAGUCUAUUCUGUGGCACCCAAGAGAGCUCAGGGACAGGUCUCAGGGCUGGCUUCCAUGUGAUUCCAUGUCUCCUUUGUGAGAAUUGCCAGACACAAGCAAGUGAAGAAAAGGCGGAAGAGUGGGGCAAUGGAAGGCAAAUUCUGAAUUCCGAGUCAGAGAAAAUGGGAUCUAGCCUUGGCAAGGAAUUGUUCUAGGAGCUUAUAUGCCACUGGGGGAAAACAAUCCAAGAAGCAUAGAAGAAAUGGGCAGAAUAAAGAGAAGUCCAUGAAUCAGCCUUUGGCAAGCAUGGCGCUAGAAUGGAAUGACUGGGCAGUGGUAGGUUGUAAUACAGAAUGUGUAAGACUGAGUAACAAGUAAUUAAUCAGGAAAGAUAAGUUGGAGCCCUUAGGGCAAAGGGCCUUCAGUGCUGGCCACUGGAGAUGCUUUUGAAAGGGUAAUGGUUAAACUAGACAGACUUGUUCUUCAGGGCUAGCCAUUCAGGAGCUUUGAGGGGGCUAGAUUGGGGAAGGGAGAGACUGUAGCCCUGGGGAUCAGUUCAGAGGCAACCAAAGUAGUUCAGGUAAGAGAGAGUGAGGGUCUGGACUAAGAAUAGAAGGGAAGGAAUGGGGGUGACUAGUGUGAUGGAAGAAGGAUGGAAGAGACUUGGUAACUUAGGAGCUGUAUCUUGUAGUGAUUAGAUUUUAGACUUGGAAUUCCAUAAACAGGUAUUAAGGGAUAGUUAGGUCACUCAAUGGAUAGAGAGCCAGGUCUAGAGACUGGAAGUUCUUGGUUUCACAUGUGAUCUCAGUCACUUCCUAGCUGUGGGACCCUGGGCAAGUCACUUAACCUCCAUUGCCUAUCCCUUACUACUCUUCUGCCUUGGAACCAGUACACAGCAUUGAUGCUAAGAUGGAAACUAAGGUUUUUUUUUGUUUUUGUUUUUGUUUUGUUUUUAAAGCCAUGUAUUUGGUGCUUACUAUGUACCAGGCACUGUGUUUAGUUAGAAAGAUCUGGGUUCAAAUCUCAUGUCACCUAAAGUAUUAUUUGUAACUGUUUUUUCCCUAAUCAAGCCAUUUAGCAUGCUGAUACCUUAGUCUCUUUGGCUUUUUCGGUCCCUUUCAAGCUCUCUAUGUUGUGUUUCUAUGAUGGAACCAAAUUCUCCUGUUAUCUUGGACAAGUCAGCUCAGCUCUCUUCGCCUCAAUUUCUCACCUGAAAAAUACCUGGGUUGGACUAGAUGACCAAGUUAAGGUUCCUCUCUGUUUGACCUUGGUGGAUUAUAAGAUCUUGAGAGCUCACAGACUGAAUUUAAUCCCUGCUCACUUGUUUGCCUGUGUUUCAAAAUAAAAAAGAGCCAUUUUCUUCCUUCUCAAAGCUUCUUGAAUUAAUCAGAGAACAGAGAGAGAAGUGCCAUUUCCCCCUGCAGGUGUGGAACUACCUUAGCAAACUAGUUUCAUUCCUGCUGGGAUAAUUUUAGAGAGUAACCGUGGGCUUGGCUAUAGGUAGGAAUCAAACCUUUAUGCCUUUUGCCAUUUUACUUUAGAGCUUUAUGAAAGUAUUAAUCUUUGUUUUCGUGGUGGACACCAGGGAGGUCCUGAGCCUGAAGUGGGGCUCUUGUUGGCCACAACAACAUCAAGCCCUCAUUCUCCUCUCUCUCUCUUCCCUUAGAGUAGAUGCCAGCUCCUCACUAGCUGGGUAUAUGCAGAGCCCAAACUGACCCCUGCACCAUGGCUCAUGCCCCUUUUCCAUCUGAAAUAACCUCCUUCAUUCUGUCUGUCCACACCCUCCCCAUUCUUCAUGUCCCAGGCCAUCUAGAAGGCCUUCCCCUACCAAUUUUCAGCCCACAGUGAUGUCUUUCUUUAGGGGUUAUUGCCCAAACCACUCUGGGUAACAUUGAUUUUUUUUUAACCCUUGCUUUCUGUCUUAGAACCAGUACUGUGUAUUGGCUCAAAGGCAGAAGAGCGGUUAGAGCCAGUUAAUAAGAAUUUAGUGAUUUACUGAAGUAGAAAGUGUCUGAGGCUGGAUUUGAAUCCAGAACCUCCCAUCUACAGGGCUACUUCUCUAUCCACUGAGCCACUUAGCUGACCCAACAUUUCAUGUUUAACAUGUUAUGAUGUUACUUGUCUCCUCUGUAAUCUUCAGGUUGCUCAUUUGUGUCUGAAAGUUGGGACGUUGCUUUAGCUUUCUAUCAUAUUCUAGGUCUUGAAUCAAUACUUACUGAGUGGAAUUGAAUGAAAAACAAACAGGGAAGUUAGUUUGGUUGGGAGAGCCAAGGGAUGGCAGCACGGAAUUUUCUUUGCACUCUUCACUCUGUUCCACGCUUAGGUGGGAGCCAAGUCAAUGGGACUUUGUGAAGAAGAAAGAAAAUUGGACCAGGAGUUCGAGAAAUCCAAUCUGUAGUCUGUCUCUGCCCUAAAGUCACCAUUUAACCUUUGGCAAGGGCUAAUCAUCAGAGAAUGCAUCCCAUCUUCUCUGUCUGAAUCAUGGAUGUAUCAGGUUCUUUACGUUGCUCUCUCUCCCUCUAGAAUGUGAACUCCUUCAAAUGAAGGCUGUUUUCCCCACCCUGUCCCUGAUGCUUAGCAAAGUAGCUGCCACAUAAUAGGCAGGAAUCAAUGAUUCUUGAUCAUUGACUGACUGACUGACUGACUGACUUCAGCUCUGUGCCCCUCAUUUUACUCUUCUAUAAAGUGUUAAGCAAGAUGCUCCCUUAAGGUUCCAUCCAGCCCUGAUGUCUCUGAUAUACUUUACUGAAAGGGACCAGUGGAAGACUUAGGCAGGGUGGGAGCACUUUGCUGAAGUGACCCCAAUUAAUUUUGUAUCUGCUAUUAAAUGAGGAAUCCAUUUGCCUGUUAUCAUUACUAUAAAUAUCAGCAAGUGAAAUAGAUCUCACAUUUCCCUAUAAGUUGUAGAAACACUUGAUAACAGCUGUAGUGUUGUUUUCUCUUUAAAAUCUGGGCAAAGGUCCACCGAGCGUUUGGUCUUUUAACCUUGAUUUUAUGUGGUAUCCAAGGAAAGAGAAUUCAUUUUUCAUGGAAAAUAAUGGCUUUAAACAGGACCAGAAAUAGGAGUCAGUUUUGGUUUUGGGGGUUUUUAUUACCAUUGUUAUCAUUUUAUAUAUCACUUCUCUGAUUCAGUUUACUUUUCUCUGCCAAUUCUUGUAAAUCUCCCCAUGCUUAUCUGAAUUUUAUGUAUUUGUCAUUAUUUUUUGCAGUGUAUUAAUAUAAUUUCUAGGUGGCUCAGUGGACCUGGAGUCAGGGAGAUCUGAAUUCAAAUCUAGCCUCCAGUGUGCUUUUCAAGGAAAGAAGAGAGAGAAGGGCCAUAAUAUAUUUUUAGAGUGUCAAAUCUUUUUUAAAAAGCCAGAUAACUUAUUGUUAUCACCAGGGGGCAUCCAGGUGUAUAGCUCAGUGGAUAGAGUGCUAGGACUGGAGUCAGGAAGGAAGAUACCAUCCUGAGUUCAAAUUCAGUCUUAGACACUUGCUAUAUGGGUGAUCGUGGACAAGUCAGUUAACCUUAUUUGUCUCAGUUUCCAUGAAUGUAAAAUGAGAUGAGUAGGAAAUGGCAAACCAUUACAGUAUCAGUGCCAAGAAGACCGACAAACAGCAACAAAGAUACUCUAUUACAUUCAUUCACCACAUUUUGUUUUGCUGCUUGCUAAGCAAGGGGCAUCCACUCUACUUCUGGGUCUGCUUCCUUUUUCACUGAAGGGGUCUGUCUGCUCAUAACAGUGAAGGUCAUCUCCUAAUUAGACGUUUCAAACAGGCAAAUUUACACUUGAUAGAGGGGAAAAAAAUUCCCAUCAGCUAGAACUGCCUGGGACUGCUUUGCGAACAAAAACAAAUUGCCUACCUGUUGGGAUCUUUGAAAGCAGCUAGGUGGAGCAAUGGUUAGAGAAUUAGACUUGGAGUCAGGAAGAUCUGAAUUUGAAUUCUGCUUCAUCCACUUAGCAAAUGCUGGCGAGUCGGUUAACUACUACCUGCCUCAGUUUCUUCAUCUGGAAAAUAUGAGUCAUAAUAGUCCUUCCCUCCCAGGAUUCUUGUGAGGAUCCAGUUUAUAAAGUGCUUUGCACACCUUAAUGCUCUAUAGACAGGCAGGCUGUUAUGAUGAUGUUACAGAAGAAGUUCUUGUCAAAGUAAGUAAGGGCUGGAACGUGGGAUUCUCCCCUGGUUCACUUAAUUAUUACCUUGGCUAAAUGGCUUAGUUACUCAAUUAUGGAUGGCUUUUUCCUUUCCCUCUGCUUUUGCUUUCCUCUCCUCUCCAGGCAGUGUCCAAUGGCAGUGUUCUCAGACUAAUAUUUUCAUCUCAUUCACAAAAGGAGGGCGUGGGUGUGGCCAAUCAUCUUAGCCUCAUAACAAUGUCUGGAGCAUGCUCAGUGGCCCGCCUUCAGGUAUGAGCCAGAGAGAAACUUCUGUGGUCACGCCCCUUUCUCAUACUUGGAAAGCUUGCGCCCGCUGAGGAGCCCAAUUUGGAAUAAGGGGGAGGGAGACCCAGACCCAGGAAGUCGACUGAACAAAGAUCUGAGACACUAUCUCAAUCAACGUUUUCAAAAAGGAUCCCCUGAUCAUGAGCUGCAGCAGGUCAUAAGAGAUAACCUUUACCGCCAUGCGGUGCCUUGCACAACCCGGCCUCCAAGAGAAGGAGAAGUGCCUGGGGUGGAUUAUAAUUUUCUGACAGUCAAGGAGUUCCUGGAUCUUGAGCAGAGUGGGACUCUCUUGGAAGUUGGCACCUAUGAAGGUAACUAUUAUGGGACACCCAAGCCUCCCAGCCAACCCGUCAGCGGGAAAGUGAUUCCCACUGAUGCUUUGCAUAACCUUCAAACCGGCUCCAAGCAGUCAACCCCGAAACGUACCAAGUCCUACAAUGAUAUGCAAAAUGCUGGCAUAGUACACGCGGAGAACGAUGAUGAGGAUGACGUCCCUGAAAUGAACAGUAGCUUGACAGAUUCUGGAGAUCAAGACGAGCACAAUACCCAUAGUACAAGAGAGACAAUCCUGCCCCCUGUGAAUAAUAACAUCACCACUGUUCCCAUCACGGAACCAUCUCAGAAGCUCCCUCAAUACCUACCUCUUUGUGCAGAGGAAAACUUAGGUCCUCUACCUGAAAACUGGGAGAUGGCCUAUACCGAAAAUGGAGAAGUCUAUUUUAUAGACCACAACACAAAAACAACAUCUUGGCUAGACCCUCGGUGCCUGACCAAACAACAGAAACCUCUGGAAGAAUGUGAAGAUGAUGAAGGGGUACACACCGAGGAAUUGGACAGUGAACUAGAAUUGCCUGCUGGUUGGGAAAAGAUUGAAGACCCCGUUUAUGGUGUCUACUAUGUAGACCAUAUCAACAGGAAAACACAAUAUGAAAACCCAGUCUUGGAAGCCAAACGGAAGAAGCAGCUUGAACAGCAGCAACAGCAGCAGCAGCAGCAGCAGCAGCCGCCACCGCAGCAACAACAGUCAGAAGAAUGGGCAGAAGACCAUUCAUCACUCGCUGCUCCUGUUGUUCCAAACCAUCCAACCAAUAGCCAGGAGCCUGUUAGAGAACUUCCACUUCAGGGUAAACCCUUUUUUACAAGAAAUCCAUCUGAGUUGAAGGGCAAGUUCAUUCACACAAAACUGAGGAAAAGUAGCAGAGGCUUUGGUUUCACUGUUGUUGGUGGGGAUGAGCCUGACGAAUUCCUCCAGAUCAAGAGUUUGGUACUAGAUGGACCUGCUGCAUUGGAUGGCAAGAUGGAAACAGGAGAUGUAAUUGUCAGCGUGAACGAUACCUGCGUGCUGGGACAUACGCAUGCUCAAGUUGUCAAAAUCUUCCAGUCCAUUCCCAUUGGUGCCAGCGUGGACCUUGAACUCUGCCGAGGUUAUCCGUUGCCUUUUGACCCAGAUGAUCCCAACACAAGCCUGGUGACUUCUGUGGCCAUUUUGGAUAAAGAACCCAUUAUCGUGAAUGGUCAGGAGAACUAUGACUCACCCGCCAGCCACAGUAGCAAGACGGGGAAGGUCAACGGGAUGAAGGAGCCCCGACCUAGCAGUCCUGCCGAGGUGUCUUCCAAUGGUUCCCAUGGUUACCCCAAUGAUACUGUCUCUUUGGCUUCUUCUAUAGCCACGCAACCAGAACUCAUAACUGUUCACAUAGUCAAAGGACCAAUGGGCUUUGGUUUUACUAUAGCGGACAGUCCUGGUGGAGGAGGCCAACGGGUCAAACAAAUCGUGGACAGUCCAAGGUGCCGAGGCCUGAAAGAAGGGGAUCUCAUAGUUGAAGUGAAUAAGAAGAAUGUGCAGAACCUAACUCACAAUCAAGUAGUAGAUAUGUUAAUCGAAUGUCCAAAAGGGAGCGAGGUGACAUUGUUGGUGCAACGAGGAGGACUGCCAGUCCCAAAGAGGAGCCCAAAGUCGCAACCACUGGAGAGGAAAGAUAGCCAAAACAGCUCUCAGCAUAGUGUCUCCAGCCACCGGAGCGGACACACGGCUUCCCCCAGCCAUAGCACACAGGCGCUGCCCGACUUCCCUCCCGCUGAGGCCCCAGCAGCAGACCAAAUAGACAGCUCUGGACAGAAAAAGCCAGAUCCCUUCAAAAUCUGGGCUCAGUCCAGGAGCAUGUAUGAAAGCCGACCUAUGUCACCUUCGCCUGCAUCGGGAUUGAGCAAGGGGGAAAGAGAGAGAGAAAUCAAUUCCACGAAUUUUGGAGAAUGUAAGAUUCCAGAUUUCCAAGAACAAGACAUCUUCCUAUGGAGAAAAGAAACGGGAUUUGGCUUUAGAAUCCUAGGUGGAAAUGAACCUGGAGAACCUAUUUAUAUCGGUCACAUCGUACCGCUGGGUGCUGCUGAUGCAGAUGGUCGCCUCAGGUCUGGAGAUGAGCUAAUCUGUGUUGACGGGACACCAGUGAUUGGAAAAUCUCACCAGCUCGUGGUCCAACUUAUGCAACAAGCUGCCAAGCAGGGCCACGUCAACCUCACUGUGCGGCGUAAAGUGGUCUACGCAGUCCCCAAAGCAGAGAAUGAGGUUCCUUCCCCAGCAUCUUCCCAUCACAGCAGCAACCAGCCAGCAUCACUGACAGAGGAGAAGCGUACUCCCCAGGGCAGCCAGAACUCUCUGAAUACCGUGAGCUCUGGCAGUGGCAGCACCAGUGGGAUCGGCAGUGGCGGCGGUGGGGGCAGUGGAGUAGUGAGCACGGUACUGCAGCCGUAUGAUGUGGAAAUCCGCCGGGGGGAAAAUGAAGGCUUUGGCUUUGUCAUCGUAUCCUCUGUGAGCAGGCCAGAAGCAGGGACCACUUUUGCAGGAAAUGCAUGUGUGGCCAUGCCCCACAAAAUAGGUCGGAUAAUUGAGGGGAGUCCUGCUGACCGCUGUGGCAAACUGAAAGUAGGAGACCGGAUCUUGGCCGUGAAUGGAUGCGCCAUCACCAACAAAUCCCACUCAGACAUUGUCAACUUAAUCAAGGAAGCUGGAAACACGGUUACCCUCCGCAUCAUUCCAGGGGAUGAGUCCUCCAAUGCCACUUUGUUGACCAAUGCAGAAAAGAUUGCCACCAUUACAACCACGCACACUCCUUCCCAACAAGGAGCCCAAGAGACCAGGAACAGCACCAAACCAAAGCAGGAAUCGCAGUUUGAUUUCAAAGCCCCCCAGGCUGCCCAGCAGGACCAAGACUUCUACACUGUUGAACUGGAAAGAGGAGCCAAAGGAUUUGGUUUCAGUCUUCGAGGAGGCAGAGAAUAUAACAUGGAUCUCUAUGUGUUGCGAUUAGCCGAGGAUGGUCCAGCAGAGAGGUGUGGAAAGAUGAGGAUUGGUGACGAAAUCUUAGAAAUCAAUGGGGAAACAACAAAAAAUAUGAAGCAUUCUCGGGCUAUAGAACUGAUAAAGAAUGGUGGCCGCAGAGUUCGUCUGUUUCUGAAACGUGGCGAUGGCUCAGUACCGGAAUAUGACCCCAGCAGCGACAGGAACGGCCCCACCACAAGUCCACAAAAUGUACCGGAAAUGAAAAGUGGGCCAUCCGAUCGGCGACAACACCCAUCAUUGGAGUCCAGUUAUCCACCAGAUUUUCACAAAUCAUCACAACAUGGGGAAAAGCGGGCAUAUGUUAAAGACCCAAAAGGCAGCAGAGAGUAUAGCAGACAACUCAAUGAGCACCACACUUGGAAUGGAAUUUCUAAAAGACCUGACGGGGCCGGUGCAGGGAGGCCAAAGGACCGGACACCAGAGGGACGGAGAGAAACGCACCCGGAGAGGCUGGUGAUAAACGGACCAAAAAAGAAAUCACCAGAGAAGAGGAGAGAGGGAACGCGGAGUGCUGACAAUACUUUGGAACGGAGAGAACGGCAUGAGAGGCGGCGAGAGGUUUCUCCUGGGAAGAGAAGAGAACGGUCACCAGGCCACCGAAAAGAGGGUUCACCCAGCAGACGGAGGAGAUCCCUGGAAAGACUCUUGGAUCAAAGGAAAUCUCCAGACCGAAGAAGAGAGUUCUCGCCUGAGAGGAGGGCCAAGUCCUCCGAUCGAAGGAGAGAGCGGUCCCCCGAGAGGAGGCGGGCACGGUCGCCAGAGAGGAGAAACAGAGAUGACAAAAUCAGCCGUAAAGAAAGGGAAGGCCCCAUUCAGAAGCCAGAGAUGAACAGAAGUUCCAGACAUCCCCCUGAGCAGAGAAGGAGACCUUAUAAAGAAUGCAGCACUGACCUCAGUAUCUGAGCCUUUUUGCAUCACGUUCCAGCCUUUACAGGGUUAAAGAUUUUAAGAGGGUAACAAAUUAUUUAGUUUCUUACAUAACAAAGCAUCCAAUACCUGAUGAUAUUAAGGAAUAGCAACAAACAUUUUAUGCAGAUGAAACAUAUAAGAAAAAUAUAUGAAAAAGUGUUGUGCCUGAUGUAUCAUAUUAAAGAAAGUAUUUUUAAAUGUAUACUUUUUUGAAAAUUAUUUGCCAAAUGCUGGCCCUAAAGGAUAUAAAUUUUGUUUCUACAUGCAGUGUAGAGUUGUGGAGAGUCAUCCUUGACUGGGCAGCCUUUAACUCUCAUAGUCAAAUGGGGCAGUCAGUAAUUCCUCUAGGGAAGGAAGUUUAUUGAUUACAUUUAAUUAAUUGGAUCCAGACUGUUAUUUAGUGAUUUACUGCUAUGCUGAAUCCAAGAGUUUUGAAAAGAAAUGGGGAAGGGGGGGCGGGGGGGAAGCAUUAUGCCAGUAGGAGCUGAGGACUCUUCCUGAAGAAAUAGAAAGCAAGCUAUCCUCAAAAUGAAUUAACUGUUUGGAGAGACUACUAUGAUGAUGAAGGAUAUUUAUAUGAAGACUAAGGAGCACAAAGAGAUUGACUUGAUUUCUGAUUUAGCGCCGGUUCGGCCAACGGUUUAUAUCUUUCCUGUCUGUUAGGAGAUACCGAGGCAGGAGCCAGGGCUGCCACACCUGUGACACAAGUGUAGACCACCAAGCUCAUUAAGAAUCCACAACACCUAUAGAGGCCGAAUUAAGGCAGAGCCACUGCAGUUUAGCUCAGACAACUAGAAGCGAUGGGACCAAAUGCCAAGCGUGGGUUGCAUCAUCUUAGAAGUAGGAUAGCAACUAGAAAAUGGGGAUGCACACACAGUAUAAUGGAGGCAUUGGAAAUCUCCAGUAUACAGUGAGUGUUUUUCAUUCUGCCUAGGAUAAACCAGUAGACAUUCUUUGCCAGAAUUUUUCAUUAAGGAAGUAGGGAAGGAGAGAAGGACAAAUUUCUGCAUUUGUUUUCUUUACUGUUUGAUUCUUCCUGAGGCUAGCAGGAUACACCUCGUGAAUAACAGUGAAAUAUCCCCAGGAUGACCAAAGAAGCCAUUGGGAAAGUCCACCCAAUCUGGUUGGGAAGUUUCCACCCUGGUGACUUUGUCGCUUGAAUAGCUCUGGACAGCAGAACAAAAUACAAGGGUUUGGGGUGGCUUUUUUUUCUUUCUUUCUCUUUUCCUUUCUUUUGAGUUGUAAUUUUUCAAGAUGCAAGUAGUGUAGUGACGUCUGCUAUGGCCGUGUUUUACGGCUGGAAUGGAUUACUGCCUAGCUGAGCCAAAAUGUUUGCCGUUCCCUUUGGACCACUCGAGUAAACUGCUGCUUGUGGCGUGUUGGUGUGUCCAUGGUCUACUGUUUCACAUCUUCCAUACAGACACCAAGCAUUGCGAGUCUAUCACUGUUUUUCCCGUGGUACUGUAAAAAACAAUCAAAAAAUAUUAAAAAAAAACCCAACUACAAAAAAAAAACAAGAUGGCCAAUCAUUGUGUGUACAGAGUUUAAAUUGUAAUUAAUAGAGCCUGUUGAAACACAAAACAAAACUGUUGCCUUUUUUCUUGUAUAAAAGAGAAUUUAUGACAAAAUGUAGCUGUGAGGAAUGUGAUUAAGUGUUUAUAUUUCUGAAAAUGAAGCAAAUUGAUUCAUGGGGAUAUAUUUUAAUGUACACUGAAUCAGGUAUGUAAAGCUGUUUUAAAAGGGGAGCCUCUAUAAAUAAUUCUCAAGCUUUCAUGUAUCCCAUCAUGGUGGCCUGCCUGUGGAAUAUUCAGCCCUUGUCCGCAUCCUCUGUUCUCCACUCAUCCCUUCUUGCUGUGUGCUGUAGGCAUAAUGCUCUUUUGGUGUUGAUGAAAAGCAGUACGUGGGCCAAUCUUUUUAUAAAACACUAUGCAUAUAUAAAUACAACAUUGUUCAUAGCUUUAUUUGAAUUUCGGGUUUAUACAUGGACUGGGUAGGAGUCAAAGUAGAUGGAGAUUUACUCAAAGCCAGCUACUUUCCUCGAAACAGACAUAAUGUAUGUUGUUAUGACAUCGAAGGAGAAAGCCUGUGAAUGCUAUUUUUAUUAUGAAAUAAAUUUUUUCCAUACAAA